AUGGCCGAAGUACAAUCCCCCAUCGCGGCCGUCAAGGUCGAGGCCUUGGUGGUGAUGAAAAUCAUCAAGCACUGCAACCAGACCUUCCCGACCACCGCGACCGGCGCCCUCGUCGGUAUGGACAUUGAGGGCACCCUCGAGAUCACCAACUCUUUCCCCUUCCCCGUGGUCGAGCUGCCCACCGAGUCGCACUUCGAUAACGCCGCCCCGAACCCCGCUGCCUCUGCUCCCCGCGUCAAGGCCAACGCCGCCUACCAAGCAGAGAUGAUCCGUAUGGUGCGCGAGGUCAACGUCGACGCUAACAGCGUCGGCUGGUACACCAGCGCCAACAUGGGCAACUUCGUCAACAUGAACGUGAUCGAGAACCAGUUUUUCUACCAGAAGGAAUUGAACGAGCGGACAGUCGCCCUUGUCCACGACGUUAGCCGCAGUGCCCAGGGCAGCCUCAGCCUGCGCGCUUUCCGCCUCUCCGCCAAGUUCGUCGAGGCUUUCAAGGAGAACAAGUUCAGCUCCGAGGAUCUCCAAAAGUCCACCGUCCGCUACCAAGACAUCUUUGAUGAGCUCCCCGUCGAGAUCCACAACUCGCACCUGAUCACCUCCUUCAUCCACCAGCUGCAGACCCCCUCCGCUGCCCCGACCGACCUUCCCCCCUCGCUCGCCGCCCUCGAGGCCAGCCCUUACUCUAAAUCCUCCAUUCUCACCCCCAACUUCGACAACCUGGCGCUCAACAUCGAUCCCUACCUGGAGAAGAACUGCGAUCUCCUCCUGGACAGCAUCGAGGCCCACAACACCGAGACCAACAACUACCAGUACUACCAGCGUGUGCUCGGCCGUGAGCAGCAGAAGAUCAACAACUGGAAGCAGAAGCGCACCCAAGAGAACGCCACCCGCGCCGCCCUCAAGCAGCCCCUCCUCCCCGAGGACGAGUGGCAGCGCCUCUUCAAGCUCCCCGCCGAGCCCAGCCGCCUGGAGAGCAUGCUCAACACCCGCCAGGUGGAACAGUUCUCUCGCCAGGUCGACGCUUUCGUCUCGGCCACUACCGGCAAGAUGUUUGCCGCCAAGGGCAACCUGCUCCCCGGUGAGGUUGCGAAAUAA